UGCUUUUGCAACAGCUGGUCCUGCAUGGUAAAUCUGUUGACUGCUGUCAGUUUACCCGUCAGAACUGCUCUGUACAAGAUGGAGCUACAAGCAGAGAAGAUGGUGGUGUGCCUUCUAAAUAUUUCCCUGCUGUGGUCUGUGUGUCAAGCACAGUUAAGUGACAUCUCCCAGCCUGAUUCUUUCAAAGCAGUGGAGCUAGGAGACACAGUUACUAUUACAUGUCACAUUCAUAGUCCUGCAAGGCACAUAAUGUGGUACAAGCUGACCACUGGGAAGAGACUACAGCCCAUAUCUGUUGAGCCAGUGGCCACAACAGAUAGGUUUUAUAAUCUGACAACAUUUAAUAAGGAACCUCACCGUUAUUCAGUAAAAUCUGACACAAUCAACAAUCACCUGAGUAUAUCUGCAACAACAGGGGAAGACGUUGGAACGUAUUACUGUGGGCUGUUGAACGUAAAGGACAUUCAGUUUGGAUCAGGAACCUUUCUAAUGGUCAAAGGUCUAAAGAUGAUCAGUGAUUCUAUCGUCCAGCAGCCAGAGUCUACAUCUGUCCAGCCAGGAGACUCUGUGACUCUCAGCUGUUCUGUUCACACUGGUCAUUGUGCAGCAGAACACACUAGUGUCAUGUGGCUCAAACACUCUGAUCACGCUGCUCCAGAAACCAUUUACUCCUCUGGAAAUAAAAACAACACCUGUCAGAGGACUAAGAAAGACUCUGAAGAAACUACCUGUGUCUACAACCUGCUCCUGAGGAACCUCAGCUCUGAUGAUGCUGGGACCUACUACUGUGUCGUGACUUCAUAUGGACAGACACUGUUGGGAAACGGCACCAGGAUAAUUAACAGAUCAGCUGAUCUGAGUCCAACUGUCAUUGCACUGAUGCUGUCAAAUAUCCUUCUUGGGAUAGUGACACUUCUUCUAGUAUGGACACUUUGCAAAAACAGCAAGAAAAACUCCACAGCAGCAUCCAGAUCCAGUGACGGAUCUCCUGAAGGCAAUCAGGUGAUACAGGCUGGAGAUGCAGUUGUCUACACAGCAGUGAAUUCAGCUCCCACAGGCUUAUCCUGCAGAUCAGCCUCAGUGAAAUACAGUACAGACUCAAUAGUUUAUUCUGAUGUCAGGUACUGUCAAUAGGUCUGACAGACUUUUUCUGGCAGUGUGUUUUGGUAGGGAUAUACUGUAGGUAUAGCAUCACUUUCUAGUUGGCUGUGCAUUUUGUUGUGAGUCAUUUUCCAAAAUUUGGAUUAACUUUUAAAUUAAAUAAAAUCCUGAAGUCGUG